UCGUCUCUGCACUAUUCCCCAUCUUAUUCUUCAGCUCUGCAUUUUUCGUGUUCUAUUCGACCUUGAGAAUAUGUCCAUAUAUAUAUAUUAUCCACGGUUCCACAUCGAGCCGACGCCGUGCACAUGGACCAAGUCAAGGGAGAACUCCAAUGGAAAUUUGACACCCGCGACCUUGGUGAGCUGUUUGGCUUAAUUAGAAGUUCACCCAACUCUCGCGACACUGUUAGGAAACCCUCCUAAUGAGGCAAUAAUUUGUGAUAAACCCUUGCCACCUUGCACAGGCACGCGCGCUGGAAGCCCAGGUUAAGUCACUGGCAAACUUAAGCCCAUACCACAUGGCACCUUCUUUAAAGCCCCUAGAAGAAGUUUUGGAUAGGCGCCUCCACUCUCUCCCACAACCGUACCACGUCACAAUUUUCAUUUUCCCGCGGUUCACACACUUGUUGGCAUGCGAGUGUCAGCGAACGUCUCCAGUUGAGGCACUGAGCCGCGCGUCUCUAUCUCUGCUAUCACUCUGCACUCCCUCUGAGGCUUGGAAUGCGCUCAGGAGGGAACUUAACAUUUCUGGGGCUGACUUUGUGGAUUUCUUUCUUCGUUGGAACUGGUAUGCUGCAUGGAAGAGUGAGGAGAAUGAUCUGGACAUGCUUUCUGGAGCAUGCGCGACAUUUGUGGCAACAAUGUGCGCAUAGCUGUCUCAACCCGACUCGCUGUCGUUCCUGGGGCUGGGGGCACAGUGGAAAUCUGGCAAGACCGGAUUUGGCUCUGUCCACAAGUGUGAGCACUAGAUCUGGCUGUCAGAGGACAGCGGAUGGAUCAACUCUGCUGCCGACCGCCACAUCGCAUAGGAGCAUGAUGCCUUUAUCGAUUACCCAUUGGAUGCUGCGACUUUGUCACAAGUGCAACGCUGCCGAAGCAGGCAGCUUAUAGAUUGACUCUGGUGCCAACUGCCACGUUGUCACAGUGAAUGCUGGUAACUCCGGUGUUGACUACCAUGUCAUCACGGAGCACUUACACCAGGCUGAUUUGCGGCUGGUAUCGAGAUAUUUCCCCACUUGAGUAUCUCCCGCUGAGUGCCACAUAACAACAGUCUUCUUGUACUCUGCAUUCAGCUCUCAUCACGAUGAUGCCAGGUGGACGCUUAAAGCUGCUUCCUGGCCCCAGUCUUUUGAGGCAAGACCAACUUAUUGUAUGGGUUGGCUCAAUGCAGUACUCCGUCCUUCCAUACUAACAGUAAUAUGUGCUGCCGCAGGGUUCCAUCCUUGCUACCAACCAGUCAUUCAGAGAGGGAUGAGCGUUUGCGCGCAGGAAGAUACUGUGGUCUUAAUACCAAUUCCCUUCUUAUCCUCCCUAGGAAAAUAAAUAUUGGCACUGCAUCGUUGGUCUUGCCAGCUAACUGGAAACGGGAGGUUUUGGGAAGGGCGAUGUAGUUGGGCAUAUAUGGGUUACCGGUUACCCCAGGCGCGGGCAUGGUACCCGCGGUGUUAUUAUAUCAAGUAAUGGUGCUGAUUAGGUUACUUGCAGUGGCUGCGUGCAGACAGUUGGACUGGGUUAGGGAGGAUCCCCUUCAAGAUGUUGGAGUAGAUUGAUUGAAUCCAUGGUUCUCUCAAUGCGAUAUGCUACUAGUAUUAGUGCUAGCACCACAGGUGCAGGGAAAGGGGGAACUGGCUUGAGGUAUAAAUAUAUAGCAGAAAAAUGUGAGCAGUGUCAGUUCCGGAUUGGUCUAAAAAGCCGAAGCUUUGUCUAUCUGUAUGUACGUCGCGAGAUGACUG